AUGCCACUACAACAUUCGCCAAAGGGACUGAGUGCCUCAGAAAAUGAUAUAUCAACCCCGGCUAGUACGAAGCAACAAGCUAGUGGUUCUACGUUGAAUAUCACGCACCGUAAUAGUAAGCGCAUCCGUAUGUCUGAUGACGAACAAGAGGACAGCCUAGAAUCAUUCAAAAAGGAUAUCAAACAGAUGUUGGGGGACGUGUUUAACCAGCAAAACGAGCGUCUUAAUACUUUGGAGAAGCAUAUGACUGAAAUAAUUGAAAAAAACAACCAAGACAUUGGGACUACUCUUAAUUUUAUGUCCGAACAAAUAACUGGUAUACAAUCUCAGAUCACUCGGUUGGAGAACGAAAAAAAAUCAACUUCCGUGGAAAUCCAGCAGCUCAAUGACAAAAUUGAUAUCUUGGAGAAGAAUAUGAGAAAAUUCAACAUUGAACUGCGCAACAUCCCACGUAAGGUCAAAGAAAGUAAAACAGAUUUAUUCAAUCUCUUUCAGUAUCUAUUUAAAUCUCUUAAUAUUGAUACUUUAUACACGGAAAUCAAGGAUGUUUACAGAGUGCCUAGAAAAUCUGACAAAAAUAACACCACGAUGGUGAUUGUAGAGCUCUCAUCCACGCUCGUUAAGUCAAAAGUUCUGGACGCUGUGAAACUAUUUAAUAAGAAUAACCAUACAGAUCAAUUAAACACAACGCAUUUGGGACUUAAAACCUCAAAGGAGCCGAUCUUUGUGUCAGAACAUUUGUCUCCUAAAACUAAGAGAAUUCAUUAUAAAGCACGGGACUUAGCUAAAACUGAUAACUAUAAAUUCUGUUGGGUCUCUAACGGUAAUGUUUUUCUAAGGAAGGAUGAAAAUUCUCCACACAUUCUAAUAAAAAGCGAAGAAUUUCUUACCACCCUUAACAAAAAAGAAAAUAAAGCUUGA